AACGUGGUCCACCACCGAGCGGAUCACCCCACCGAGCGAAUCACUCUGCCAAGACCACAACGCUUUCUACUAUCAAUUACAAUGGCUCAACCAGUUGAUCUUGAAUUACUUUCCUGUGCAGAUAGAGUUAUACUUGCUACCCAAGCAAUGAAAUCUAACGCGUCACUAAGCCAGCGACGCGCUGCUGCUAUCUACAAGGUUCCUCAAAGUACACUUAGCCAUCAAGGCGCCGGAAGAACCCCACGACGCGAUACCCACCCCAACUCAUCUAAGCUUCAGAAGCAUGAAGAGGAG